CCUUCUAAAUUUUUACCGGAACUUUUACAUAAUAGGCAGAUAUCUUGGGUUCAUUGUCAUGCUAGGACUGCUUUGUUUAUAAAGUCUUCACAAGAUUGUAAUUAAAAAAAUAGUAGUCUUCACAAGAUUGGCCUCAAGCAAAACCAAAAACUUAGUGAUAAUAUAUUAUGUGUGUGCAAUAUGACAGGCAUGGAUACAAGGGCGUACCGGCUAACCAGCUUAAAGCAAACUGAUGUCUUUGAGGUCGACUUCCCCGACGUCCUGGAAGUGAAAGCCACCCUUCUGGAGGCAGCAACGGAAUCGAUGAACGAACACAAUCCCCCCAAGAUGACAGCAAAAUCCCUCGAAAGGGUAGCUGCAGACAUCAGAAAUGCUGAUUGGGUUGAGAAGCUUAAAAGAUCAGGUUUCGAACCAGAGAAGAAGACGGUAUGGGUUCUAGAAGGCAUCCUAUAUUACCUGUCCCAUUCACAAGCCUUGCAAGUACUGAAGACCAUAGCGGACAAGUGCUCCCUUGCCCACACUGUCCUCCUCGGUGACUUCAUGAACAAACCAUCGACCACCAUGUCUAGCUCUCUCUUUCACUUCUAUAGUGAUUGGCCCGAUGAUCUCCUCCCGUCUUUAGGAUUCUCCGACGUAAAGUUGUCGCAGAUCGGGGAUCCAGACGCUCAUUUCGGGCUCAUGGAUGAUCAGUUAAAUCUGUUCAACAAACUCCGCGGCUUGCCAAGGUCAGCUCAGAUCCACCCAGAUGAUGGAACGCCUUGUUGUCGCUUGUAUUUAGUGCAGGCUUCAGGCCUGCCCAAUGAAACCAACAUAUAGAACUUGUACAAAUGAUGCGGGAUCCACAUUAAACACUAUAGCAUAGAUGCCAGCAUUGUUGCCAUUUUGUUUUGUUCAAUAAAUGCAAGAUGCAAUC